UCACGGUCAAGGCUAUUACUGCUCUUUCAACGUGCCAAAUCUAUCAUUAUGCGUGAGAUUGUUCAUCUACAGAUCGGACAGUGUGGGAAUCAGAUCGGCUCAAAGUUCUGGGAGGUGAUCAGUGAUGAACAUGGUAUUAACAGAGCAGGAGCGUAUGAGGGCGACAUGGACCUUCAGCUGGAGAGGGUCAAUGUUUACUUCAAUGAAGCACAUGGGGGCAAAUAUGUUCCAAGAGCAUUGUUAGUGGACCUGGAGCCAGGCACUAUGGACAGCGUGAGGGGCAGUCACAUAGGACAGCUCUUCAGACCGGAUAACUAUAUACACGGUGAGCCAACCAUCACCUACAUUAAAGACAUUUUAUUUUGGUACCAUAUGGAAAUAAGAAUAUUCUUAAAGCUCCAACCCCACUUGGUAUCCCUCACCAUGAGCGGGGUCACGACCUCCCUUCGCUUCCCAGGUCAACUGAACGCUGACCUUCGGAAGCUGGCCGUCAAUAUGGUGCCCUUCCCGCGUCUCCAUUUCUUCAUGCCUGGUUUCGCUCCUCUCACUGCACGCGGUAGCCAACAAUACCGUGCCAUAACGGUGCCCGAGCUCACCCAGCAGAUGUUCGACGCCCGAAAUAUGAUGACCGCGUGCGACCCACGUCGAGGACGCUAUCUGACAGUCGCAGGCAUUUUCCGUGGUCGCAUGUCCACUAAAGAGGUCGAUGAGCAGAUGCUCGCCAUUCAACAGAAGAACAGCAAUUACUUCGUAGAUUGGAUCCCUCACAACGUCAAAGUGGCCGUUUGUGACAUCCCACCACGAGGCCUCAAAAUGUCCUCCACCUUCAUCGGAAACAACACCGCCAUCCAGGAGAUAUUCAAGCGCAUUGGAGAGCAGUUCACGCUCAUGUUUCGACGCAAGGCCUUCCUGCAUUGGUACACGGGGGAGGGCAUGGAUGAGCUGGAGUUCACCGAGGCCGAGAGCAACAUGAAUGAUUUGGUUUCAGAGUACCAGCAAUAUCAGGAUGCCACCGCCGAAAUGGAUUACGAUGCAGAAGAUGAAGUGACAGAAGAGGAGGGUCUGUCAUCAACAGCACUCAGCACUCGAGUGGAGAUUAAGACUGAGGUGGUCACUGAAACUUCUGUUAGUGAAUGACGCGUGGGCUUUAGUGAAUAUGACAAGAGUGGAUCUGAUUGUGUAAAGAGUGAGAACAUUCAGUGACCCCAAAAAGUAUUUAGACACUUAAGAUACAGUUAAAAUUAAUAUAGGAAUUACAUUGCGUUAGAAAAAAUGCUUGGUUUGAAAGGUGUGCUUUUUAAAUGAAACUUUUUUUUUAUUUUUUAUUUUUGUAAUUCAAUGACAAUGUGCCUUAAGUGUUCAAAUACUAUUUGGAGCCACUGUUCAUGGCAAACUGUGAAAUAUUUCUGACCUCCAGGAUGAUGAAUUACACAAAUUUAAAUAGGAUAUGGAGUCAAAAUUCAAAUAUAAUUUUCUAAUCUUUGCUAUAUA